CAUGUCCACACUCUUCUGUUGAAGAAUUGAGGUGCAGGAUCAGUUGGGAGUGUGAGCUGAUUCAUCAGCAACUCGUAGCCAAACCCAACCUUUACAAGCCCUCUCGAUUCGCUGCCUCGUUGGCACCGGAAGGCGCUCUCGCCUCUCCAAAGCGAAUCAAAUCGAUCGAUCGCUUUCCCCGCCAAAAAGCAAGGCAUGCACAGCCUCGCUGAAAGCAAACCGAAUCCGAAUGUCGCCCUCCACCUCCACCGCACGGAAACCCUCGCCCGGCGUGGAUUCCUUCCCUUCCCACCGCUGCAACCCACCAUUAUUCUCCUCCGGGCACCACGUCGAACACCUUAUAUACGCCGGCAAAAGCGAAGCGAUCCGCAGGCGAAAUCCUUUUGAUUAUAUUCGUUGGUGUGGUUGAGCUCGUCGGGGUGAGUAACUAGCAUCGAUGCAGGCGGCGAUGCCGGCGGCGGUGACGCACGACGACCUGUCGCUGCGGAAGGCGCAGGAGAGGCGGGCGGCGCGGUCGAGCGGGCGGGCGGCGGUGGCGCUGGUGUCGCUCUCGGUGCUCUGCGGCAUCGUCGGCUUCAUCCUCUGCCUCGCCGCCGAGGGGUCGCGCUCCGAGGCGUCGCACUACCUCAUGACCGUCGGCGGCGGCGGCGCCAACGCGGCGGCGAACAACGGGCAGGUGGACGUCUGCUUCUACAACUCCAGCGGCCGGGCGCCGCUGGCGUUCGCCAUCGGGGCGUUCCUGAUGCUCGCCGUCGCCAUGUUCGCCGAGCACGCCUACAUGCUGCUCGCCGUCGCCGCGCCGGACUCGUCCGCGGCGGGGCUCGCCGUCGCCGAGGGACACCCGCGCGUCCCCUCCGACCCCGCCAGGCUCACCUGGCAGACCUGCUGCCUCUUCUUCGUCACCUGGAUCUGCUUCGGGCUCGCGGAGGUGAUGCUCAUGGUCGGCAUCGCGGUGGAGUCCGGCCACGUCAGCGACUGGAGGAAGCCGCGGGCGGUGUGCCACCGGGUGCGCCCGGGGGUGUUCGCGGCGGCGGGAAUCCUGGGACUCAUCACCGUCGUCGUCGGCUUCGUCGUCUACGUCACGGCCCUGCAGACGAACAAGCUGCGGGCGCAGCACCCCGUCGGCGGCUACUACGUCGGCCACGGCGCCCCACACCCGGGCAUGCCGCCGCCGCCGAUGCCGUACGGCCCGCACCCGCACCCACACCAGCCGCCGCCGCCGGCAGCGGCGGCGACAGCGCCAAGCGCGCCGGAGAUCACGCCGGCCGCUUGCCAGGUCCAGCCAAGCCGAGCGGCGUGCGUCACCAAGCAGUGCGCUGAUGCAGUUUGAAACGAGUAGAAGAAUUUGGAGAUUAAGCAGAGACGGUGAUGUUUAAAAGGCAUCUACUCUUUUCCGCGUAACAUGUUCUUUCGUGAUUUGCUAUAUUAGAGCAUUUGAUUUGAGUUAUUUGCUUGUAUGUCACACCAUUUGUUUUUAGCACAAACAUGAUUUGAAUUGUAAAGCACUUGAUUCGUGAUUACAUCUCAACAAGUUUCAAUUUAAUUUACUU